GGGUCGGUUUCACCAUCAUCUCUCAUCUCGUCGUUAGCUUCUAGCAAACCAAUUUGCACUGCAAGCGCCAAUACUUGUCCCGAUCAACAUGGCAACACCGAGUCAGCAACAUCGGCAGUUGACAGUGGCCUCUCAACGCCACCUGUCUACGACUUGGCCCUUACAUCCACGGAUCGCAGCUUAGCCGAGUCUCUGCUCCCCUCCGGAAGGCCUGCGAAAUCUCCGACGGCUUCUUCAACCACGGCUACGGCAAUGACGAUGGUGACCAAAAUCGGUGACAGCUGUCCUGAUGCUCAGGUCCAUGCAUUUUCGACAAAUAGUUCGGCCCACCUCUGCUUAUCGCAUGAUUCUUUGCUGGGUAACUUCACGCAACCCACUUCUGUCGCUGCUAUCACCAUGGCGACGACCACUGAAGUUACUCGGGCUCCUAUCAAAGAUACCUUUCACUUGACGCCUACAUCUUCAGACGCCAGUGAGAAGGCCGCCGGUUCUGCUCAGCUGGUGGCAGCGGUUGCACCUUUUGGAGACUAUGACAGUGGUCUGGGCGUCUCGAGUCCAGUUAGCAGAAAGCUUCCGGCACUCCAGUGUGUUCAUUUGAAGGGGCCUACAGUAGCUGUAACUACUAAAAGCCUAAAUUCGGAUGCUGAACACCGCGAGGCGCGAACUAACGAACAGGACCGAUUAGAGUCUUGCUGUCAUCCCGAAUUGGCUGCUCAUGUAGGUCAUGCUAUAGCAUCGACUCGAGGCACCCGCAAGGCGCAAAAGGCCUCGACAAGCAGCUUUGUUUCUAAGGCCUCCAGUGUUGGAUCAUGUCUGGAAUGGACUGGUGGUGAUGGCUUUGGAUUGGAGAUAGUCGAUGAAGGGCGAAUAACUAAGGAUGCUGGAGUCGCGGUGGAAUUUUUUCCAAAGCGAAUGCAGAAGGGCGAAACAGGGCGUAUUUUGGAUGAGAAUCGAUCUGCAAGCGGUGUUAAGUCUAGGUAA